AUGGGACUGAUGCCGGCGAGGAGAACACAAGUAGGACUAGCAGCUGUUGGAUGCGGAGACAUUCCUCUUAAUGAGAGGAAGCAGAGAUAUGACAAUCCUGUUCUAAAAAUGGAGAACAAGAAGGUCCUGCAGUACAUCAGCGGCAUGGAAUCGAGUAAUCCCGUCUAUUUGGCCAUGCUAGUGAAGUGGCUCUCAUUCAAAGUUGAACGACAGGACGAAGUGAUUGGACGCAUCGUCCUCCACCUGUUUUCCCUGCACCUGAGGGAAGCCAGUGCCUGCGAAAAGGACACCGUCGGUGAUGCGGACGCAGCAUUGUACUCCAGACCCUCUUGGUUGAGCUCAUGCAGGUGUCAGAUCGAGAAGAUAUGCAAGCACAUCGUCAGGGAGGCGAAGAAAGCGGGAUGUAUCAGGCAUUGGAGAAAAUUGUUCGACGUCCAACGGAGUCAUUGGAGAAUCUAUCGCAUAAAAUACGUCGGGUCGAAACUCCGACCAUAUCUGUUCGUAUGCGUCCUGUCCACAUCAGUACAACUUGGUAGCAGAACUAUCGUAUCUGUGCAAUCGGCACUCCGAGGAGUCGCUUUUGUGCAGAAUGUGACGAACGAUGACUACAAGUAA